AUUUAUAUACUGAAUGAAAUUUUUAUUCUAAUGCUGUAUUGUAAACCGUAAUACGCCGGUGUGAUAACAAGGAGCUUGGGAUGUUGACUUAGAUGCGUUUGACUCUUUUGUUGCUUUCCAUACUCCAAGAUACGAGUCAGGAGAGAGACCGGACCUCGUAAGAAGGCCCUAAUGAGGUGAAAGCCACAUUUACAGAAUCAGCACUGCUUAAGAAUAUCUUGAAAAAUGUUUAUAUUUGACCAGUGAGGGCUGCUGCUUUCAUGUCAGUAUUGCUACAGUACAAUCAACUACAAAACAGUGAGUCAAAUUCAACGUUGUCAUGUCACAAACAAGGCACAUUUUGAUUGCUACGUUACUUCUUAUAACGUGCAACGGGCCAACUUCUGGAAAUUGGAUGUAUCUGAGUUUAACGUCUAUCAACACAAAUGGAAUGAUUGACUGCAAUUCGGUGUCGAACCUCAAUUCCUACCAUCUUCAACUUUGUCGCAGUAGACCACGCGUCAUCCGAAUAGUCGGUCUUGGCAUGCAGAUAGCUGUCGACGAAUGCCAGCGCCAGUUUCGACGGGAAAGGUGGAACUGUCCCUUGCUCACCAAUGAAAAGUCAAGAAAUGUAUUUGGUCGUGUUCUCGAUCGAGGAACUAAAGAGACGGCCUUUAUUCACGCAAUAACAUCUGCAGGCGUAGCAUUCUCUGUUACCCAAUCAUGCAGUCGAGGCAUGUUUCCAGAUUGCGAUAAGUGUGACAAGUCAAAGAAAGGCCACGUCGACAAAAGUGGUGAAUGGAAGUGGGGUGAGUGCAACGAUAAUGUAAAUGAAGGAUUAAAAUUUGCAGAAGAAUUUAUUGAUUCAACAGAAAAGUAUGUUGAUCGGAUAAGACGAAGCAGAAAGAGACACUUGCGGCGCACAAUGAACCUGCACAACAACAGAGCUGGUCGGUUGGCGUUAAUUGACUCAAUGAUGAGUGUUUGCGGCUGUACAGGAGUGAGUGGCUCGUGCGCAACGAGGGUGUGUCGCAGAAUUAUGCCACCGUUCAAAAUUGUCGGCGAGCGUAUGAAAAUGCUCUACAAUGAUGCUAUUAAAAUGCCACUUAACAGAAGAGGAAGGAAGCAGAUCCGUGAAGCAAAAAGCUCCAAGAUUAAGCAACUACUCUAUUUCGAGAAGUCUCCCAACUUUUGCUUCUUUGAUGCAGCCAAAGGAGUGCUCGGUACAAGCGGUCGUGUUUGCAAUAUUACAUCUACUGGAAUGGAUAACUGCAGCCUGCUCUGUUGUGGCCAAGGAUACAAUAUACAAAUCAGACGGAACGUCGAAAGAUGCAAUUGCAAGUUCAAAUGGUGCUGUAAAGUUGACUGUAACACUUGCGAAUCACUCGAAAAGGUGCAUACUUGCAAAUAAACAUUUGAAACAAUGCAUGCAAUUGCACAUGGUAGCAUCGAUAGAGGGUAGAUCGACCUUUACUGUAAAGUCUAGGCUAAAGUAAUUGACCAAAAUGCAGUACGACAGAGGCUUUAAUAGACUAAUUUAAAGCCUUUUAAUUAGUUAAUCGACAAUCGAUCAAAAUCUAGAUCGUAUAAUCCUUCAAUUAUUUAGAGUUUACAAACUCGCAGAAAUUUAGAACGUAAUUUGCAGUAUAAGCAAACUUGAUACAGUCCCGA